AUGGAGGGCUCUGAAAGCGGUGUCACUACAAGUGGCAAUCCACCAACGUCGCCCACCACCUACCCAGUCAACGAGACAUUGUUGGACGAUACAUGUAAAUACUUAUGUAAAAUAGUACCUCCACUGCUCGAUGGCGAUGCUACAACAUUCCAAACCCAGCUCACUGCCCCAGAGGCACUGAACAAGCUUCGCAAGUUCAUCACCGACUCGAAGCAACCAGUGUUCCUCAUUCAAAAGCAUUCCCAAGAUGAUGAAUCCUCUACAGAGUCUUAUACAUUCGAGGUUGAGGUCAGAUUCGGAGGAGACAAGACAACUAGUUUGGUGAUCACCAAGCGUGUGCCAGAGACUGCAUUGGACUCGAGCAAGUCAGUGUCAUCACAGUUGCAGGCUAUCAACCUCGGAGAGGGCAGCCCAUUCGAUACACUGCACAACUACAUCCACAACUCUGUGGCACCAUUCAUCCGAUCGUUCUCGGCCAAGUCGCAAAAGGCCACACCCGAGAAGGACAGCAAGAUGGGCAUUGGCGCUGUCAACCAGAAGAUCGCCGAGCUCGAGCUGUCGCUGUUCAACUGCAAGCAGCAGAUGCAGAUACCCGAGGUGGUACUCGUUUUCCACCCCGAGAUCAUGGCCGUCUCCAAGCGAUGCCGCGACGCCGGCCGCGCCAUGAAGGUGGAGGACAUGGGCGAGGUCAGCCAGGAGCUGCUCAACGCGCUCCAAGCUGGCGUUGGCCAGUGGGUCAAGGACAUCCAAAAGGUCACCAAGUUGAAGGCCAUCGAGGAGUUCCUGCCCGAGUCGACCACAUCGCAAGAGAUCAACUUUUGGCUGCAGCUCGAGGUGUCGCUGCAGAACAUCGAGGAGCAGAAGCGCUCGCCAGAGUUCGAGGUCACACUCGCCGUACUCAAGCAGGCCAAGCGUUUCCUGGCCACGGCCAGCUUUGACACUGACAACGUCGGCCUCAAGAAGACGGCCGAGAAGGUGCAGAGCUACAAGACUCUCAUCAAGGACUUCCCAAUCACUCCCCUGAUGACAGGCACUGAUGUCGAGUCGGUCUCGCAGGCUAUCUUGCAGAUCUACUCGCACUUGAAGAAGUCCAAGAACUCGCCAUACCCCAUCGAGCGUUACCUGGCUCUGCUUGAGGCCAUUGGCAAGGACAUGUGCAACCGCGUGCUCCAAAUCCUGCGCCAGAAGAACCUGAUGCUCAUUGAGUACCUGGACUUUGAGCGCGCCACCGCAUCAUUCCGCGCUCUCUUCACACUCUGGGACGAUCAAUUUGCCCAGUUCCGUGAGACCCUGCGUGACAUUGCCAAGAAGAGAGGCAGCGACCGUGUGCCACUCUUGGUCAACGUCGACAACCGUCGUUUGCUCGAUCGUGUCCUCAAGAUCCGCAAGUUCCGUCGUCAACACGACGAGCUCAAGAACGUCAUCUCCACCGUGUUGCCCCAGCAGUCUGGUGGCAGCGCUGGCGCAGGCGACAAGCAGGGAGAGAUCAAUGCCAUCAAGGAGAUCAACGAGGCCUACGACGAGAUCAAGGACAUUGACGUCCUGUUGCUCACACAGGAAGGCGAGGACCUCUGGGCCAACGCCAUGAAGCGUUACAACAACCGUAUCGAUCGUGUCGAGUCCUACAUCACCACCAAGUUGCGUGAUCGUCUGGCCACAGCCAAGAAUGCCAACGAAAUGUUCCGUGUCUUCUCCAAGUUCAACGUUCUCUUCUUUAGACCAAGAAUCAGAGCAGCCAUUCAAGAGUAUCAAACUCAAUUGAUUGAGCGUGUGAAGGAGGAUAUCAAGGGACUGCACGAGAAGUUCAAGCAGCAGUACAGCAACUCAGAGGCAUUCCACAUGAGCAACUUGCGUGAUUUGCCUCCAGUGUCUGGAGCCAUCAUCUGGGCUCGUCAGAUCGAGCGCCAAUUGGACACUUACAUGCGCCGUGUCGAGGACGUGCUUGGUGAGAGCUGGGAGUCAGAUGCCGAGGGCCAGAAGCUCAAGGCAGAGUCGGACCAGUUCCGCUCCAAGCUCAACACCGACCACAUCUUCAAGAAGUGGGAGCAGGACACAUUGUCUCGCAGCUUUGAGGUGUCGGGCAAGAUCCUCACUGUCGUCAAGAAGGGCGCCAAGUACUCGUUGGACAUCAACUUUGAUCCACACAUCAUCAUGUUGUUCAAGGAGGUCAGGAAUCUGCAAUGGCUGGGCUUCCGUGUGCAGCUCAACAUCUCUUUCAUCUCGAGCGGUGCCAAACAGGUCUAUCCAUUCGCCGUCUCGCUCAAGGAGACACUGCGCACCUACACCCAGACGUGUGGCAAGAUCACCCCUGAGAUUGCCACAUUGGUCGCCUCGUACAAGCGCGACGUGCAGCUUCUGAUCAACGAGGGAUUCAAGCUCAAGUGGGAGUCAUUGCCCCAGCUCGACCCAUACGUGCGCAAGCUUAGCACUUCUGUCAACAUCUUCCGUGACAAGGUGGACGACCUGCUCGUCAAGUACGCCGAGAUCGCCAAGUUGUUGGACGCCAUCAAGUACUCACCAUUCAAGCACGAGUCAUUCGUCGACACUCUCAAGAACAUCCAGAAGUUGGUGGACGAGCUCAACUUGGCCAACUACUCCAACCUCUCACUGUGGGUCGGCCAACUCGACACUAUGGUUGAGGCUGUUCUGAUUGAGCGUUUGAAGGACGCCAUCCACUCCUGGAUCGCUUUGAUUGAGGGCCGCGAGGAGACCAUUACCAGUGGAUCUGGCGACUCAACUCAGUCACACGGUCGCCUGGUCUACGCCUCGCGCAACCGUGCCAUCAAGGACGAGGGACAGGGAGCUUCCACAUCAUCCACUGCUGUCGUGCCCUCGCAGAGCACCGUCAAGCCAACCCUCGAGCCAUCUAUCCACGAGAUCGUCAUCAGGAACCAGAUCCUCUACCUCGACCCACCCCUGGAGUUUGCCCGUGUCAACUGGAUCUCGCAACUUCACCAAUGGCUCAACAUUGUGUGCGACCUGCCACGCAUCCAGGCUUCGAGAUACGACGAGAGUAUCUCUCAUCGCGACGACUCACGCUCGCGCAAGACCUUCCGUGACAUGCUCACCAAGUUGCCAAAGGAGACCCUCGAGACUGCCUACCAGACCAUCCAGUCCAAGCUGGACAAGGUGCAGCAGUACGUCCAGGUGUGGCUUCAGUACCAGGCACUCUGGGACAUGGAGUCGUCAUUUGUCUACUCCCGUCUCGGCGACGACCUCAACAAGUGGCAGCAGAUGCUUGCCCAACUCAAGAAGUCGCGUGCCACCUUUGACAACUCGUCCUCGCAGAAGGUGUUUGGCCCAUUGGUCGUCGACUAUGCUCAAGUACAGUCGAGUGUCAGCAACAAGUACGACUUCUGGCACAAGGACAUCCUCUCUCACUUUGGCUCCAAGCUCAGCGAGAACAUGCGCACCUUCUACCAGACUAUCUAUGACGCCCGUGGCGACCUGGAGAAGCUCUCAGCCGAGACUGCCUCCACCGAGGAGGCCGUCGCCUUCAUCAUCCAAUUGCAAGAGAUGAAGCGUCGUCUCAACACAUGGGAGGGCGAGCUUCGCUACUUCCGCAGCGGCCAGGACCUGCUCCUGCGCCAGCGUUUCACCUUCCCCAACGAUUGGCUCGAGUGCGACAUGGUCGAGACCGAGUGGAACGCAUUCAACGAGAUUCUGAACCGCAAGAACGCCUCGUUGGGCGAGGCCAUCCCCCACCUGCAGGCCAAGAUCCUUGCCGAGAGCAAGUCGAUCUCGGACAGAAUCAAGGAGUUUGUGGACGAUUGGACCAACUCCAAGCCUCUGCAAGGCAACAUCAAGCACUCUACGGCGCUCGAGACCAUCAAGAUCUUCGAGGGACGUCUUGUGCGUUUGAGAGAGGAGCACGACCGUCUGCGCAAGGCCAAGGCUGCACUGGACCUCGAGCAAGGACCAGCAGGCGAAGACGACCGUCUGGCACCCGUCGAAGAGGAGAUGCAAGACCUCAAGGCUGUUUGGGUCGAGUUGGCUGCCACAUGGCACGAGAUUGACAACCUGCGCGAGACUUCCUGGUCCGCAGUGGUGCCACGCAAGGUCCGCAAGUCAUUGGAGGACACUUUGCAGAAACUCAAGAACUUGCCCAACCGCAUCCGUAUGUACUCUGCCUUUGAACACGCCCAGAACACAAUGAAGGCACUGCUCAAGGCCAAUGCCAUCAUCACAGACCUCCAUUCCGAGGCCAUCAAGGAGCGUCAUUGGAAGACUCUCAAGAAGCGUCUCAACACCAACUGGAUCUUCACCGAGCUCACUCUGGGCCACAUCUGGGACUCUGAUCUUGUCCGCAAUGAGUUUGUGUACCGCGAGGUCAUCACAGCUGCCCAAGGUGAGAUUGCCCUUGAGGAGUUCCUCAAAUCAGUGCGCGAGUACUGGUCAGCACUCGAGCUGGACAUGGUCAACUACCAGCGCAAGUGCAAGCUGAUCCGUGGCUGGGACGACCUGUUCUCCAAGCUGGCCGAGCAUCUUAACAGUGUGUCAGCCAUGAAGAUGUCGCCCUUCUUCAAGGUGUUUGAGGAGGAGGCCAACGCCUGGGACGACAAGCUGAACCGUGUUCGCUCGUUGCUCGACGUCUGGAUCGACGUUCAGCGUCGCUGGGUCUACCUGGAGGGCAUCUUCUCUGGCAGUGGUGACAUCAACCAACUGCUCCCCGCCGAGAGUGCACGUUUCAAGAGCAUCAACAGCGAGUUUAUCAAUCUCAUGAAGAAGGUUAGCCAGAACCCACUGGUCCUGGAGGUUCUCAACAUUGAGCGCAUCCAGUUCACAAUGGAGCGUCUUGCCGAGCUUCUGGGCAAGAUCCAGAAGGCACUUGGUGAGUAUCUCGAGCGCCAGAGAGCUGCCUUUGCCCGUUUCUACUUUGUUGGAGACGAAGACCUGCUGGAGAUCAUCGGUAACAGCAAGGACAUAGUCAAGAUCCAGAAGCACUUCAAGAAGAUGUUUGCCGGACUUGCCAACCUGAUCCUGGACGACGAGAAGACCACCAUUCUCGGAAUGACCUCCUCUGAGGGUGAGGUCGUGAUGUUCAAGAAGACCGUGUCCAUCGCCAACGGUCCCAAGAUCCACGAGUGGCUCACGAUGGUCGAGAAUGAGAUGCGCAGCACCCUGGCCGUCCUGCUCGACGAAGCACUCAAGCGUUACCAAUCAUUCAACACCAACGAUAUGAAGGCAUUCAGCACAUGGGUCGCCGACUAUCCCACCCAACUGGUCAUCCUUUGCUCGCAGAUCGUCUGGUCACAGAUGGUCGACAAGCUACUGCAAGAGAGCGGUGCCACCAACGGCCAGCUCGACGCACAAGAGAAGCAGGUGCAAAGCGUGCUCAACAACCUGGCCGAUGCCGUCCUUCAAGACCUCGACCCACAGACGCGUAAGAAGUACGAGCAUCUCAUCACCGAGCUCGUUCACCAGCGUGACGUCAUCCGUCAACUGGUCAAGUCGCGCAUCUCCUCCAACAAGGACUUUGACUGGCUAUACAACAUGCGUUUCUACUACGACAACGCCCAAGAGAACAUGUUGCAGAAGCUCACCAUCCACAUGGCCAACGCCGUCUUCUUCUACGGCUUUGAGUACCUAGGCAUUGGCGAGCGUCUCGUGCAGACCCAGCUCACUGACCGCUGCUACCUGACCCUGACCCAAGCACUUGAGAGUCGUAUGGGUGGCAACCCAUUCGGACCAGCCGGUACUGGAAAGACUGAGACAGUCAAGGCGCUGGGCAACCAGCUCGGCCGUUUCGUCCUGGUCUUCUGUUGUGACGAAGGAUUCGACUUCCAAGCUAUGAGUCGUAUCUUUGUCGGUCUGUGCCAGUGUGGUGCCUGGGGAUGUUUCGACGAGUUCAACCGUCUGGAGGAGCGCAUUCUCUCAGCCGUCUCCCAGCAGAUCCAGACCAUCCAGGUGGCCCUCAAGGAGAAGGCCAAGGAGGUGGAGCUCAUUGGCAAGUCUGUCAAGAUCCACCCAGACAUGGGUAUCUUUGUUACAAUGAACCCUGGUUACGCCGGACGUUCCAACCUGCCAGACAACCUCAAGCAACUGUUCCGUAGCAUGGCCAUGAUUCGUCCAGACCGUGAGAUGAUUGCUCAGGUCAUGCUCUACUCACAGGGCUUCAAGACUGCCGAGGUGCUUGCCGGAAAGAUUGUGCCCCUCUUCAAGCUCUGCCAGGAGCAGCUCUCUGCUCAGUCUCACUACGACUUUGGUCUGCGCGCACUCAAGAGUGUGCUGGUCAGUGCUGGAGGCCUCAAGCGUAAGAUGGUGGCCCCAACCCGUGCCCCUGACGCCCAAGACUUUGACACCAUCUACACCAAGUACGAGAUCAGCGUCUUGCUCAGCAGUAUCUCCGAUACCAUGAUUCCCAAGUUGGUGGCCGACGAUAUCCCACUCAUUCAGAGUCUGUUGCUCGAUGUGUUCCCAGGCAGCGAGAUGGAGCCAAUCAACGUUGCCGGUCUGCGCGAGGAGAUCAAGCGAAUUUGUCAAGAGCGCCACCUCGUCUACAAGGUCGAGUGGGUCGAGAAGAUGCUCCAGCUGCAUCAGAUCCAGAACAUCAAUCACGGUCUGAUGAUGGUCGGUCCCAGUGGCAGUGGCAAGUCCGCCGCCUGGAAGACCUACCUGGAGGCUAUCGAAGCCAUCGACCACAUCAAGUCCGAGUCGCACGUCAUGGAUCCCAAGGCCAUCACAAAGGAUCAAUUGUUUGGUUCGCUCGAUGGUACCACCCGUGAGUGGACCGACGGUCUCUUCACCGCCACCCUGCGUCGUAUCAUUGACAACGUUCGUGGUGAGAGCAGCAAGCGUCACUGGAUCAUCUUUGACGGUGAUGUCGAUCCCGAGUGGGUUGAGAACCUUAACUCGCUGCUCGACGACAACAAACUGUUCACUCUGCCCAACGGAGAGCGUCUGGCACUGCCAAACAAUGUCCGCAUUGUGUUCGAAGUCCAGGACCUCAAGUACGCCACUCUGGCCACCAUCUCUCGUUGUGGAAUGGUCUGGUUCUCGGAGGAGAUCCUCACCACGCAGAUGAUCUUUGAGAACUAUCUGCGUACCCUGGAGCACGAGGCCUUUGACGAGGUUGAGCGCGAGCAACAGCGUCGCAAUGAGAAGUCUGCCGCUCCCCUCAUCACCCCCGGUCUGCGCGUACAAAAGGAGUGCGCCGCCGUGCUCACCCAAUACUUUGAGCCAGGCGCAUUGGUACACAAGGUGCUCGAGGACGCCGCUCAGCGUCCACACAUCAUGGACUUCACCCGUCUGCGUGUGCUCAACUCAUUCUUCUCGUUGCUCAACCGUUCAAUCGCCAACGUUGUCGAGUACAACCAGUCUCAUCCAGACUUCCCAAUGUCACCAGAGAAUGUGUCCACCUACAUCACCAACCGCCUCUACUACUCCCUCAUGUGGGGUCUUGGUGGUUCCAUGGGUCUGGCGGAGCGCGAGAACUUCAGCAAGUACAUCCAGUCUAUUGCCAUCACACCCAUGCCACCUGGCACCAUCCCCCUGCUCGACUACGCUGUCAACGUCGACGAUGGUCAGUGGAGCAUGUGGAAGAACAAGGUGCCAUCAGUCGAGGUCGAGACUCACAAGGUCGCCUCACCAGACGUGGUCAUCCCAACAGUCGAUACCACAAGACACGUCGACGUCCUGCACGCCUGGCUCUCUGAGCAUCGUCCACUGUUGCUCUGUGGUCCACCAGGCUCUGGCAAGACCAUGACCCUGACAAGCACCCUGCGUGCCUUCCCCGACUUUGAGGUAAUCUCGCUCAAUUUCUCAUCGGCCACAUCGCCAGAGCUGAUCCUCAAGACAUUCGACCAUCACUGCGAGUACAAGCGUACACCCCAAGGUGACACCGUGCUUCGCCCCGUCGCCAUUGGCAAGUGGCUCGUCGUGUUCUGUGAUGAGAUCAACCUGCCCGCCACCGACAAGUACGGUACUCAGCGUGUCAUCACCUUCCUCCGCCAGCUGGUCGAGAUGGGAGGAUUCUGGAGAACAUCUGAUCACACCUGGAUCCGUCUGGAGAAGAUCCAGUUCGUCGGUGCAUGCAACCCACCCACCGAUGCUGGUCGUGUGCCACUGUCCCAUCGUUUCCUGCGUCACGCACCAAUCCUGUUGGUCGAUUUCCCAUCCGCCUCAUCGCUCACACAGAUCUAUGGUACAUUCAACCGCUCGCUCAUGAAGCUACUGCCCAACUUGCGAUCAUUUGCCGACGCUCUCACUGACGCCAUGGUGGAGUUCUACGCCGCAUCCCAAAAGAGAUUCACGCCAGACAUGCAGGCUCACUACAUCUACUCACCACGUGAGCUCUCGCGUUGGGUUCGCGCCUUGCUCGAAGCCAUCCAGACAAUGGAGGGCUGCACUCUCGAUGGACUCGUCCGUCUGUGGGCCCACGAGGGUCUGCGUCUGUUCCAGGAUCGUCUCGUGGAGCAGGAGGAGCGUGACUGGACCGACAAGAUGAUUGAUGAGGUCGCCAUGAAGUACUUCCCCAACAUCAGCCACGACUCUCUCAAGCGUCCAAUCCUGUACAGCAACUGGCUGUCCAAGGACUACGUGCCCGUCGAGCGUAACGAGCUGCGCGAGUACGUCAAGGCCCGUCUAAAGGUCUUCUAUGAGGAGGAGCUGGAUGUGCCCCUCGUUCUGUUCAACGAAGUGCUCGACCACAUCCUGCGUAUCGACCGUGUCUUCCGCCAGCCUCAAGGUCACGCUCUGCUCAUUGGUGUGUCUGGUGGUGGCAAGUCCGUCCUGUCGCGUUUCGUCGCCUGGAUGAAUGGUCUUUCCAUCUACACAAUCAAGGUGAACAACAACUACAAGGCCGCCGACUUUGACGAUGAUCUGCGUAUGCUGCUCAAGCGUGCCGGAUGCAAGGAAGAGAAGAUCUGUUUCAUCUUUGAUGAGUCCAACGUGUUGGAGUCAUCGUUCUUGGAGCGUAUGAACACUCUGCUCGCCGGAGGUGAGGUCCCAGGUCUCUUUGAGGGUGAGGAGUACACCGCCCUCAUGCACCAGUGCAAGGAGACGGCCAAUCGCAACGGCCUGAUCAUGGACACUGAGGAAGAGCUCUACAAGUACUUCACGGGCCAGGUGCGUCGCAACCUGCACGUCGUCUUCACAAUGAACCCCGCCAGCCCAGACUUCCACAACCGUUCGGCCACAUCGCCUGCCUUGUUCAAUCGUUGUGUGCUCGACUGGUUCGGAGAGUGGUCUCCUCAGGCACUCUUCCAGGUCGGUUCAGAGUUCACUCGCAACCUCGACCUCGAGAACCCCAAGUACGCCGCCACCUCUGAGUUUGUCAACGAGUGCGAGAACAACAUGAUGAUCACACCGCCACCCACCCACCGUGACGCCGUCGUCAGCUCGCUCGUCUACAUCCAUCAGACGAUUGGCGAGGCCAACGCACGUCUCCUCAAGCGCCAAGGUCGCCAGAACUACGUCACACCACGUCACUACCUCGACUUUAUCAACCAGGUCGUGCUGUUGAUCAACGAGAAGCGUGAGCAACUCGAGGAGGAGCAGCUCCAUCUCAACAUUGGUCUGAAGAAGCUGCGUGACACUGAGCAGCAGGUCAAGGACCUCCAGGUCAGUCUGGCCCAGAAGAAGAACGAGCUCGAGACCAAGAACGAGCAGGCCAACAACAAACUCAAGCAGAUGGUUGCCGACCAGAACAUCGCCGAGAAGAAGCAGAAGGAGGCACUGGACCUGCAAUCACAGCUGGACAUCCGUAACAAGGAGAUCCACGUCCAGAAGGUCAAGGCCUACGCCGACCUCGAGAAGGCCGAGCCCGCCAUCAUUGAGGCUCAGGAGUCUGUGUCCACCAUCAAGAAGAAGCAUCUGGACGAGAUCAAGGCGCUGCCCAAGCCACCCCAGCCGGUCAAGCUGGCCAUGGAGGCCGUCUGUCUGAUGCUCUCUGGCAAGAAGCUGGACUGGGCCGAGAUCCGUAAGAAGAUCAUGGAGCCCAACUUCAUCUCAUCGAUUGUCGACUUUGACACCAAGAAGAGUCUCACCGCCAAGGUUCGCGAGGCCGUCAAGAAGGAGUACCUCGAGGACCCCAACUUCAACUACGAAGCUGUCAACCGUGCAAGCAAGGCUUGUGGUCCCCUUGUCAAGUGGGUCACUGCCCAGGCCACCUACUCUGAGAUCCUCGAUCGUGUCAAGCCUCUGCGUGAGGAGGUCGAGGCGCUGGAGAACGCCGCUCUCGAGCUCAAGUCCAAGCAAGACGAGAUCGUCAAGACCAUUGACACUCUCAAUGAGUCGAUCGCCACCUACAAGGAUGAGUACGCCACUCUGAUCCGUGACACUGAGCUCAUCAAGACCGAGAUGACCAAGGUCAAGAGCAAGGUGGACCGUUCCAUUGCCCUCAUCGACAACCUGUCGUCAGAGCGCAGCCGUUGGGAGCUGCAGAGUGAGAACUUCCAGACCCAGAUGUCCACCGUUGUCGGAGACGUCGUCCUGGCAAGUGCCUUCCUCGCCUACAUUGGUUUCUUUGACCAACACUUCCGUGCCGACCUCAUGCAGAAGUGGAUGCACCGACUCGAGUCCGUUGGCAUCAAGUUCAAGGCCGAGCUGUCCGUGCCCGACUUCCUGGCGCGUCCCGAGGAGCGUCUCGCAUGGCACGCCAACUCGCUGCCCGCCGACGACCUCUGCAUUGAGAACGCCAUCAUGCUCAAACGUUUCAACCGUUACCCGUUGGUCAUCGAUCCAUCGGGUCAGGCCAUGGAGUUCCUCAUGAACCAGUACGCCGACAAGAAGAUCACCAAGACCUCUUUCCUCGACUCUUCAUUCAUGAAGAACCUCGAGUCGGCACUGCGUUUCGGUUGUCCAUUGCUCGUUCAGGACGUCGAGAACAUCGAUCCAGUUCUCAACCCUGUGCUCAACAAGGAGAUCCGUAAGAAGGGAGGCCGUAUCCUUAUCCGUCUCGGAGAUCAGGACGUUGACUUCUCGCCAUCGUUCAUGAUCUUCUUGUUCACUCGUGACCCGACCGCGCACUUCACACCAGAUCUGUGCUCGCGUGUCACCUUUGUCAACUUCACCGUCACUCCAUCGUCGCUGCAGUCGCAGUGUCUCCACGAGACGCUCAAGACUGAGCGCCCCGACACCCACAAGAAGCGCUCCGACUUGCUCAAGAUCCAGGGCGAGUUCAAGGUCAAGUUGAGAACUCUGGAGAAGUCACUACUCAACGCACUCAGUCAGGCACAAGGCAACAUCCUCGACGAUGACUCUAUCAUUGGCACGCUUGAAACACUCAAGCGCGAGGCCGCCGACAUUGCCGUCAAGGUGGAGGAGACCGAUGUGGUCAUGCAAGAGAUCUCAGCCGUCAGCGCCAUCUACAACCCCAUGGCCCUGUCGUGCAGUCGCGUCUACUUUGCCAUGGAGCAGCUGGCCCAGCAGUUCCACCUCUACCAGUUCUCCCUGCGUUUCUUCCUCGACCUCUUCUACGUGUUGCUCAACGCCAACAGCAACCUGGACGGCGUCAAGGACCAGACCGAGCGUCUCAACAUCCUGCAGCGUGACAUCUUCACGUUGGCCUACUCUCGUGUCUCUCGCACGUUGUUGAACGACGACAAGCUCACCUUUGCUCUGCAGCUGGCCAACAUUUCGCUGCGUGGCACUCGCGAUGAGAUUGAGGACAACGAGUGGGACUACCUUCUCAAGGGAGGUGACAACAUCAGCACGAUCCGCGAUACCCUUCCCCAGAUCAGCUCAAUCACCAACAGCCUGCAACAGAAGUGGUUGAUCACCCUUCGUGGUCUCCCAUCAUUUGGCUCGCGACUGAUCGACCACAUUCAACAGAAUGGUCAAGAUUGGAAGCAGUUCUUUGAGACCACCAACAACGUUGCCACCAUUCCAGACUCCUGGAUCCAGGUGCAGAUGUCCUUGAACCCCAAGAACACUGAGAUCACCUCCAACUUUAGAAAGAUCCUCUUGAUGAAGGCCUUCCACGCCGACAAGACUCUGCAGUUCACUCACCAGUUUGUCUCGUCAGUGUUUGGUGAGCACUUCCUGCAGGUGCACCAGUACGACAUGGCCACGAUCGUCGAGAAGGAGAGCAAGGCCGUCGCCCCACUGAUGCUCUGCUCCGUGCCAGGUUACGACGCCAGUUCCAUCGUUGACGACCUCGCCGUCGAGCUGCGCAAGCCAUACAAGGCCCUGGCCAUCGGUUCCCCAGAGGGCUUUGAGUUGGCUGAGAAGUCCAUUUUUGCCGCCACCAAGAACGGCUCGUGGGUGCUGCUCAAGAACAUCCAUCUUGCGCCACAAUGGCUUGUCCAACUCGAGAAGAAGCUGCACAGCCUCACGCCACACCCCAACUUCCGUCUAUUCAUGACGUCCGAGAUCCACCCGAACCUGCCCGCCAACCUGCUGCGUAUGUCGCACAUCUUCUCGUACGAGAACCCACCUGGAGUCAAGGCCAACUUGAUGCACACGUUCAACAACAUCUCAGCCGCCAGAAUGGACCGCCAGCCCGUCGAACGUUCGCGUAUCUACUUCCUCCUGGCAUGGUUCCACGCGUUGAUCCAGGAACGUCUGCGCUACAUCCCCAUUGGCUGGACCAAGGUGUUUGAGUACAACGACGCCGAUCUUCGUGGCGCCCUCGAUGCCAUCGACUACUGGGUCGACCUCUACUCCAAGGGCCGCAGCAACAUCGACCCCGACAAGAUCCCAUGGGUUGCUGUGCGCACCAUUCUCGGCCAGACCAUUUACGGAGGACGUGUCGACAAUGAGUUUGACAUGCGUCUGCUCAACUCGUUCCUGGAGCAGCUGUUCACGCCCGCCUCCUUCAACCACGACUUUGUGCUGGUGCAGUCAAUCGGACUCACCGUGCCCGAGGGUACCAACCGCGCCCACUUUAUCAAGUGGAUCGAUGCUCUGCCCGACCUCUCCACCCCACUCUGGCUCGGUCUCCAGGACAACGCCGAGGCACUUCUGCUCGCCAACAAGGCUAAGAAGAUGGUCAACGACCUGCAGAAGAUGCAGAUGUCUGAGGAGGACAACAGCUCAGAGGAGUCGUCAUCCAAGGACAAAGAGGACAAGCCAAAGGCCAAGCUCAGACAGACCGUCACUGAGUGGCAAAAGACCCUGCCCAAGCCACUCAAGCCACUCAAGAGAACGGCCCAGAACAUCAAGAACCCGCUGUUCCGUUGUUUCGAGCGUGAGAUCACCACUGGCAUCAAGCUCAUCAAGAGAAUCACCAACGACCUUGGCAACAUCACCGAGAUGCUCGAUGGCAACAUCAAGCAGACCAACUAUCUCCGCUCUAUCACCACAAGCAUCACCAAGGGCAUCGUGCCCAAAGAGUGGAAGAGCUACUCAGUGCCAGACUCAGUCAGUCUGUCCGUCUGGAUGGCCGACUUCUUCAAGAGAAUGCAACAGCUCAAUGAGAUCUCUGAAGCCUCCGACUUUGCCUCGGUGCAAGUCUGGCUCGGUGGCCUGCUCAACCCAGAGGCCUACAUCACAGCCACACGUCAAUCUGCCGCUCAGCUGAACGGAUGGUCACUGGAGAACCUGCGUCUGCACAUCCACUCGUUGGGUGCCACCUCUGGCACUGGUUUCGCCGUCAAGGGUCUCACCCUCGAGGGUGCCUCCUGGAAGGAUGAGAGAUUGACUCCCACCGUCGAGCUCACCACCGGUGUGCCAACAACAACACUCACCUGGAGAGACAAGGAUGAUCCAAUCUUCAACGAGAACCUUGCCAACAAGCUCACCGUCCCAGUCUACCUCAACGACUCUCGUUCCGAACUCCUCUUCUCCAUCGACCUCCCCUUCCAAGAGGGAACCACCAAGCAGACUUGGUACCAGAAGAGUGUUGCCAUCACCUCAUGGAAGGUUGACUUCUAA